CUGUCAAACUCGUCACUCGAUUUAUUAUCAUUUCGCACCUUCCUUGCCCAGUGUUUUAUGCGAUUUGUGUAUUUACAAAUUUGGCCGAUCUGCAACUGUUUAUUCCACACCGGUAUGUUUACAAAUUAAUCGGCCAUCGACGCCCAUCGCCGCCAAACGGUUGAGGAGAAAAGACUGCCGUUGUGCUACCGGAACAAGUGGUCGUCGCUAGAAGAAAAUGUCACUACGCAAUGGGGGCCAUGUACGAUGGGCGUUUGACCUCGCUAGUUGGCGACCCAGUUUGACGGAUUUGCUGCUGGCGACGUCGUGCAUCCAACCGGAGGAGAAGGCACGGCUGGCCAAAUUUGUGUUUCGCGAUGAUUUCAACGCUUCACUGAUCGGACGGUUGAUGAUGCGGCGGUUCGUCCAUCUGGCUACCGGGCUGCAGUACGAUCAGAUCCAGUUCGAUCGGGAUCUGAAGGGGAAACCGUUUCUGAAGAACGAAGGCUACGUGAUCGAUUUUAACGUUUCCCAUCAGGGGCGUUACUCGGUGCUGGCAGGGUUGGUGACAGCUAGGGAUGGGCCGACUGAUGGAAAAGUGCCAAAGAUUGGCGUUGACGUGAUGAAAAUCGAGUACAGCGGAGGAAAACCGUUGGGGGAAUUUUUCAGACUGAUGAAUCGGAACUUUUCGGACGACGAGUGGCGGUACAUCAGGAGUCAACCGAAUGAGGCGGAACAGCUGGAGGCAUUUAUGCGGAAUUGGUGUUUGAAGGAGAGUUACGUUAAGAACGUUGGCGUUGGAAUAACGGUUGAUUUGCGGAAGAUUAAUUUCGCAAUCGGAAGCAAGGUGUUGGAUAGGAAGAAGGUUGUCUGUGAUAGCACACUGAAGCUGAACGAUGUACUGUUCAGGGACUGGCGUUUCGAGGAAUCUCUUAUCGAUAAGAACCACUGCGUAGCCGUGGCGUUGGAAAAUUUCCCCUUAGAUGCCGACCUAACUGAAAAUUGUUUCGAAAUUAUCGGUUUCGAUACACUGGUGGAAGGCCAUAAGCCGCUUUUGGCAAUCGAUGAACAUUACUGUGGCGGUAUUAUCAAUAAGGAAUAUAAGAAAUCUAAAUAAAGUUGUUUUUAUAUUUUUGCAA